AAGAGGAGGGAGAGUUGAGUAUUGAAAGAGAGAAUGUGAGGAGAUGAGGAGAGUGUCGGGGUUUUGUGACGGUAAUUUUCGGUGUCGGUCACGGGAAGACAGUCCCGAUCGGGCCACUGGAUCGGCUUAUCGAUAAGUUUGUUGAGGCAAAUCAAUUGAUUAUCGGUGAAGAUAAUAAAUUAAGAGUAUGAAAUGCUGCCAUGGAUGAAUGAGUUGAUCAGAAUAUGACCAGAGAAUAAUCAACCAACAACAUGACAAGAUUAAUAGCACCUCCGAUGUGCGGAGAAACCGCCCCAGUCAGCAUGUGAACAGCCAACUCAUUCAGUGCGCGGAAUCAGUCCCGUUGGGGAUUUGCUUUCCUGGGCGGACCCCAUCGACUGUCCGCUAGUCUAGUCAUUCCCCUUCCACAGUCUCAUUGACCCUUCUAAAACGGCCGACAAAAAGCCAUGACUCCCGAGGAACCUCCGGCCUUCAAUUUGACCGAGGUCGAUCGUCAAGUCCUCGCGCAGACCGACGAGGAGUUCGUGCUUCAUGACUGGGAGGAUCUCAAGUCCAUCAUCGCACGCAACGAUCUCGGCAUCCUAAAACGGAAACCCUCCGAUCUAACCCGCUACCUGGCCUGGUCCCAUCAAACCAAGCAACAGUACGGCACUAUCACAAACUACAUCUGCCAGAAGCGUCUAGGCUGGACUAUUCCCUCUUCUUCCCCUUCCUCAUCAUCCACCACAACCCCAUCCACAUCCACCCCAACUUCCUCCAUCACCACUUCCACAGAAACCACCAUCUUCUCCUACAAGAACCCCAUCCCCUUCGCAGACCCAUCCGAUUACAAGAUCCUGCGCAACGAUUGGCCCUACGGUCUCGCGCCCGGAAUCUCGCACAUUGUAGUGUGGUUGCGGACUCCCGUGGCAGUCAAGGAAGAAAACGGGGACGUGACGGAUGAGUCGCGGGCGUUGAUAGAGGCGUUUGUUAAGCGUACGUUUGUGGAUGCGGUAAUGCGGGAAGAAGGGGUGAGUGAGGCGGAGGCGAGGGAUCGGGUGCUGUGGUUUAAGAAUUGGGCGGCUUUGCAGAGUGUGAGGAGUUUGGAACAUGUUCAUGUUCUGGUUAGGGAUGUGUCAGAGAGAUUGUUGACUGAGUGGACCGGGGAGGAGGGGGUGAAGCGUUAACUAUACAGUUGGUGUGAGAUAUGAUGUGAAGGACGGGGACUGUUGAGAUACAGUUAGAUGAGUGGAGGAAGACGUCAUUUAUGGUAUAGAUCAAAGACAGACGCCAUUGGAUAAAA